UUUGUUUUAGUUGCCCGUUGUGAACAGUCUACCCAAUCAAAACCUUUUCCUAUGCGGUCUCUUCUGCCGCUCGUCCUCUGCGUUCGUAUUGCCUCAGCUUGUUACUAAAGCUAGCGAUUGACGUCGGCGGCACCUUUUGGGAUCUCCAGAAGGCUGAAGCCAGAUGCCGGUUUCGAAGGCGUCGUCUUCCUCCAAGCAAGCCUGUCGCCCUCAAUCUCUCCUUCUGGAUAUCCCAGUACCGCAGUACAACGCUACCAUCCGCAGAAUUCGCAGCUGAUGCCCCCGUCCCUGAAGCUCCCGAUCCGCGUUGAUUUUUCCGGAACCCCAGCCAUCUCAUCAAAGGUUUUGACAGUGUCGGAGGACAAAACUAUGAAAGUGUGGGACAUCAUGGAUGAUGGAAAUGGUAAACUGAAAUGCACACUUGCUUUCCCUAGUUCUGGUGGAGUGGAUGACAUGCAAGUUCACUACCUAUGGCAUGGUGACCAUCUUGUCACUGUUUCUCUUAACAUCAAUGGUUCGUUUUCCUCUUUGCUCAUCUCUUACGACUCGCGACUCACGACUCAUAAUUUCGAGCACGGCUUUUGCUCCUCUCGCCCCCGAACGAAGACCGCCUGUGGUAGAUGUUUAUGAGACGACAAACGGAACUAUUUUAAUGCAUUCUAACCUUCCAGAUGAGAUGAACAAACAUAACUAUUUUAAUUUGUGUGGUAUUAGAGACAAAGGUUCUUAGGAAAUAUGAAUCCUAAUAAAAUAGUCAUUAGGAUGAUCAAUUUGAUUUAGUAGAGCUGAGUAUAUUGCAUUAAAAUUCUUAUUAGAUGUUAUGGUUUAUAUUUUCUUAGGUA